AUGUUUUAUUUUCUUUGCUCGCCCGCAUCUAUUUUUCUUGUUUUUUUUUCCCCCUUCCCCCCUCCAACUAGUUCUUCUUCGUUUCGUUCUUGUAUGAAAUAUUUGCUUGUUUUUGAGUCUUUGUGCCAACGUGGCGACGAAAAAGUGCGUUGCAUUUUCUUUUUAUUGCUUAUUACAGUUACACGUACUUUUUUCCCUGCUGUCGUUUCUUUUUUUUUCUCCCCUCUGCUUUCUGCAGUCACGCACGAGAUGCCUUUAGAUGAAGGAGAGGCUCUUUUGAGGGCGGUGCAUCAAGUUCGCAAGGCGUGCAGUGAUGUGUCUAGUGCAACCGCCGAGUUGGGAACAGCACGUGAUGCCAUGGCACGCGAAAAAUUGCGGAAGUCACGCCUAUUAGUUACGCAAUGUGAAGAAAAGGCUGGUGGUAUCCUUGCCGCUGGCAUAGACGCGGAGUUGUCGGCUUUGCGUGGACAAUACAACGCGGUUAGAGCAGAUUUUGAUCGAGUCAACAGGGAGGCAAUUCGAAGGGAGAAACAGACAUGGCGCCCUCUUUUUCAGAAUGAUGCCGUGGAGGGAGACGGGCGUGGUGAUGCGAGCGUAUCUCCUGCGGCCCAAAAUUCUGGGCGUGUGCAAGAGAUUCGAGCAAUUGACAUGUCAGGGCUUUGUACGGAAGAGGCCCUCCAACGGGAAAAACUUCUUGGCGUGAGAGAAAUUGAGAGCAACAUGAUGGACCUUCGGAGCAUGUAUCAGGAAUUUCACGAUCUUGUGCAUCAUCAGCAAAGCAAUCUGGACAGUAUGACGGGAAAUGUUUCGGUUGCAAAGUCAUCUGUGGAGGGUGGAGCGAGGGAGCUUUCACAAGCCUCCAGACGGCAGAAGUGUGGCCGAAAGUUGUUGUGUACUGUCGCUAUUAUUUUGUUUAUUGUCAUUAUUGGGGUGGUUGUUGUGGUGCUUGUUGCGAAGAGCUGA